AUGACACGAUUCUUGUGGAUAAAAAAUAAACAGGGAGGGGUGUCUCCUAAGAACUUAUUAUCUAUAGGUGUUCAAUCAAGGACAGAUUCAAUACAAAGGACCAUUUAUCAUUUUUACGUUGAUAACUUGAUAUCUGCUGCUGAAACAAGCAACGAGCUUUCAACAAAGCAUCAAUUAAUACGUGACCCUGAACAUCAAAUGCUUCAGUAUUCAAUGAAGUUAUUUCAGAAGAUCUGGAUAGUAUUGGGAACAGUGUGGCGGUUGGGAAUUGGCACGCUAAAACUUUCUUUCUAUGAGGACAUAAAAGUUAAUAAAUGGGCUACGAAACAGUCAAUCCUAUCAAGAUUAGCCCAAAAUUAUGAAACUUCCGGUUUCUUAGUCCUAGCUAAUUAA